GACGACGACGAUGAGGAAGAGAUGGUCGUGAAGGCGCCGUCCAAGAAGGCCAAGGUCGAGAAACCCAAGUCUAUCUUGAAAAAGGCGAAGUCGGCGGAAAGCGAGGGGGAGAGUGAGGAAGAGGAGGAGGAGGAUGUGGGGACGAUGCGACGUCCGAUUUCUAAGACCGUUCAGUCCAAGCUGGAUGAGGAUGAUGCGGAGAUUGCCGCGCUGGAGAAGCGGUUGGGUCUGAAGAAGGGCAAGAAACUCCCCAAGUCGUUCGAUGAAGAUGGGCUGGGCGACCUGCUCGGUGACUUGGAUGAGGGGUCUGCUGACGAGGGCAAGAAGCGCAAGAGGGAGGCGGAUGAGUGGCUGUUGAACAAGCGGAGAAAGGCGCAGGGUCUGAAGGUUGAGGAAGAGGACGAUGAGAGUGAGCUGGAUAGCGAGGAUGGGAUGGACGCUUUCGACGAGGAUGAGGACGACUCCAUGGGGGAUUUCGACGAGGAUGAAGAUGAGGAUGAGGAUGAGGAGGAAGAGCCUGUUCCCAAGAAAAAGGAGAACCCCUACGUCGCACCGGUUGCAGACGAGAAUCGCCCGCAGAAAUACAUCCCUCCGUCGCUGCGCGCUGCGUCCAACUCUGAAUCCGAGUCGCUGGUCCGGCUGAGACGCCAGGCUCAGGGACAUCUGAACAAGCUGUCCGAGGCCAACAUGAUCUCCAUCCUCGCCGAGUUUGAGAAGCUUUACCGGGAACACCCCCGCCAGAACGUCACUUCGACGCUGAUCUCCCUGCUGUUCGGCAUGAUCUGCGAGAGAUCCGCUCUCUCGGACACGUUCAUCAUCCUGCACGCCGGCUUCAUUGCCGCUAUAUACAAGGUGAUUGGCAUGGACUUCGGCGCGGAGAUCGUGCAGAAGAUCGUCGAGACGUUCGAUGCUGGCGGCGACGAGCGCGGAAAGUACCAAGGAAAGGAGACGGUCAACCUGAUGUCCCUGCUGUCGCAGCUAUACAACUUCCACGUCAUCGGAAGCACGCUCGUGUUCGACUACGUCCGGCACUUCUUGCAAGAAAUCACCGAGGAGAACACGGAACUGCUCCUGAAGAUCAUCCGAAACUCCGGACCCCAACUCCGCCAGGACGACCCCUCCUCCCUCAAGGACAUCGUGCUGCUCAUCCAGCCCGCCGUCGCCAAAGCCGGCGAAGGCAGCCUGUCCGUCCGGACGAAGUUCAUGAUCGACACGAUCAGCGACCUGAAGAACAACCGGCUCAAAUCCAACACCAACACCACCAUCACCACCGAACACAUCACCAAGAUGCGCAAAAUCCUCGGCGCGCUCAACAACACGCGCACCAUCCGGGCGUCCGAGCCCAUCAGCAUCUCCCGGAGCGACAUCCACAACUCCUCCAAGAAGGGUAAAUGGUGGCUUGUGGGCGCCAGCUGGCGCGAAGACCCCCUCGAAUCCGCCCGUCAGGAACUCUCCUCUCUCCCGGGCACCAUCUCCAACCCCCACGCCCAAGCCCACGCCCACGACCAAUCCGACCAAUCCGACAGCGAAGCCGAACCCGACUACCUCACCCUCGCCAAAGCGCACAGAAUGAACACCGACGUGCGCCGCUCCAUCUUCGUCGCCAUCAUGUCCGCAACAGACUACCAAGACGCGCACGUCCGCCUCCUCAAACUCCGGCUCAAGCGCGCGCAGGAAUUCGAAAUCCCCCGCGUCCUCACCCACUGCGCCCUCGAAGAAGACGCACAUAACCCGUACUACACGCUCAUCGCCAAACGGCUCUGCGGCGAGAUGGGCCGUCGGAUCAAGGUGUCGUUCAUGUACGCGCUGUGGAACAUCUUCAAGCGCAUGGGCGAGUCCGGCGACAUGGACGACGACGACUCCGACAACGACGGCGCCUUCGGCGACGACGACGAGAAUGCGCUGGAGAUGAAGUCGGUCGUCAAUCUGGCCAAGAUGUACGCGGCGUUAAUCGCGGACGGGACCCUGAAUCUGGGCGUCUUGAAGAUCCUCAACUUUGCGUACCUGCAGGAGAAGAGUCGCUUAUUUGUCGAGGUUCUGCUGAUUACGCUGAUCCAAGUCUCGCAGAAGCAGAAGAAGGGGAAGAAGGGGAAGAAGGAUCCGGCUGAUGAUGAGGGGAGAGACGAGAAAGCCCUGAUGGAGAUCUUCCUGCGUGCGCGGGAGACGCCGCAGAUCGCCAAGGGGCUGAUCUUCUUUCUGAGGAAGGUCGUCGCCAAGACCGACAUCGUGGAUGCGAAGGAGAUUAAGUUGGUGAAAUGGGGGUGUAAGGUUGCGGUGGAUGCGUUGAAGGUGGUUGUCAAGGAUGGGGGGGAGUAACAGAAAAUAAACUACCUGCCUUCCUUUAGGGCUAACUAACUAACUGGCUAACUAGAUGAAUGUUUGGCGUUGGUGGGCUGCAUACCUGGGUGGGAAAAGC